ACUAACUUUGUCUGUCACAUGUUCUCUCUCUCUCUCUCUCUCUCUCUCUCUGAGUUACAGUACAUUCAUAUCACUUUCACUUUCUCAUACACACUUUCUUUAAUUACUCCAACAACAACAUAAACACAAACACAAACAUAAACAUUCUUUCUUCUCUUCUAUUCUCUCCCCAAUAGAGAGAGAGAAAGAAGAACAUGGGUUGUUUUCUACAAUGUUUUGGUUUAUCCACCAAAAGAAAACGCAGAAAGGCUCUCUACAAAGUCUUAGCUGGAGAAAACCAAAAAUAUGGAAACUAUGAAGUUCUUGCUAAUGCUAUGACAGAAAAAUCAAUUAUCCCUUAUUCUGAAACCAGAGGUAGAGAUCAAGAAAUGGAGAAAAAUGAUGUCAAAUGCAAGAAAAAGAAGAAAGUUAGUUUUAAUUUGAAUGUACAGAUAUAUGAGCCAAACCCUAGUUCUUAUCAGGUUUUGGAUAAUGAGGAAGAUGAAAAUGAGGAAUCAGAGGGAAGGAUCUUGGGAGAAGGGUCUGCAGUGUCGACAAUUCGAUACCCGUCGAAUCAUAGAUAUCAUAACUGUAGUUAUUAUGACCAUGAUGAAGAUGAUGACAUAGCAUAUGAGGAAUCUGAUAUCGAUGAUGAAUUUGAUGAAGGGUAUGGUUGGGAUGAUGAUUGUAGUGAUGAAAGUUUAGAGAAUUAUGGGGAUGGUGAAGUAUGUGAUCAAAAUAGUAAACAGAAAAAAGAUGGGAUGAAGAAUCAGAUGCCGCUUUCUCCGGAUGAUACUGAGCUGAAAUCGAAUUUGAAUGGACAAGAGAGAAGUGUAAACAUGAAUUCUGUUCUGAGCCCGGUGGAGAAUCUCACUCAGUGGAAAGCAAUCAAAGCAAAAGUUAUAUCAAGUAAACACAGGAGAAAGGAAAAUGUUCCAUCAGAGGAAACUACAAGCAUGCCGUUAGUCUCAGAAACAGGCUCGAAGUUCUCUACUUGCGUCUUGGAAUCAAACGAUAUUCCGUCGAAGCCUUUGUUGAAGGAAAUUGCAGUUGAUUCUAGUCUUUCAAACUGGUUGGUUUCUCCUAGUUAUAAUGUUUCAAAUACGAUUCGUUGUCAAUGAUGCGUCUGUGUGGUUGAAGAAACAGGAACUUAGAAAAUAUUAAUUGGUGAAGAAUUAGUAGGAAAGACAGUAUAGCGCGCAUCAAAUUUUGAUGCUUCUGCAGAUUAUUCAUUUAGCAAAAAGUUUUUUGAGAUGAUUUCAUUGUAUGUGUGUGUAAUUCUUUUGUCCGGUAAUUGUUUUGUUUUUGGUUUGUGAAUGGUUACGUUGUGAUCAAUAGUGUGUAUUUGUUUCAGUUUUAUGUCUUCAUGUUGCAGCUAUGCAAUUUGAGGUGUUCUCAAAUUUCAUGCUCAAAUUCUCGUCUUAUAAGGCAAUGUUUGAACCAGUUAAAAGCUGUUUUUGUGUGGACAACAAAGAAUCCUAGUAGCAGAAUUACCGAGUA